GUGGCCUUACUUUUAAGUGGAGCGGCUGGAGCCAGUUGAGGUCUAGGGAGGAAGACAGUUGACAGAUUUCCAAGCUGGUCUCACCAGGGAGAACAUGUAGGACUCUUUAUAUUAUGAGAUGGUCAUGCAAACAUUGCAACUUCACGACAUCAAAACGUUUACAGCUCAUAAAGCAUUAUAGAUUGAAUCAUCUACACAGCGGUCAAGGCCGGUCAAUACCAUGCUUGUACUCAGAUUGUCCUUGUUCAUUUAAAAGUUGGAGUGCUCUUCACACACAUUUGUCUAGAUACCAUACACAAACUGAGCAAUUAGGGCAAAUUCUUUCAUUUUCAUGUCUUGUAUGUAAUGCAAAUAGUUUUCACACUGAGAGGCAAUAUUUUGAACACCUCAGCGCUCAUCUGAAAAAGCACGAAACUGUUCAUUGUGUUUUUAAAGAUUGUGACUAUAGUACUAAUCUAUAUUCAACUUUUGCUUCACAUAAAAGUAGGAAACACAAUCCUCACUGCCUUGAAGAUUUUAAAUGUAAUAUAAUUCAGUCGUAUGCAAGUCAGGCAACAGAAGACAGUAGUUGGUUGGUAGAUGAAAGUGAAGUUACUCCUGAUGAAACGCUUGUCGAAGAGGGUGAGGAUUUAGCUAAAGUCAUUGUUCGUGAGCUUGGUUCCUUAUUACUUAAAUUAGACUGCAUCUUCAAUGUGCCUGGUAGAUGUAUAGAUGACAUUGUAGAGGAGCUUCAAUUUAUUACUUGUUCAGCAUCUGCACCAGUUAUCAAAAACAUUGUCCAUAACACGUUAGAAAACCAUAACUGUUCUGUUGAAGAAUUGGUGAUCACAGAUUUGGUAAAUAACAUUUGCCAGUUAAAUCCUCUUAGUAUAGCCUUUAAUGCAAAUGGUCCUCUUGGCACAGCAUACCAGAGAAACAGGUACUUAAAAGAACAUUUCUCUAUUGUUGAACCAUUGGAGUAUAUACUUGAUGCAAGGGAGGGUAAGACAUUCCAAUACGUACCAAUUUUGCAAUCCUUGUCACAAAUUCUGAAAGAUAGUGACAUCCAGGAGAAGGUGUUGAAGAGUGCAGGGCAUUGUGGUUCUUCAGGUCAGAAUACUGGUUUUCGUGAUGGUUCCCACUUUAAAGAAAACACAUUUCUAUCUGGAGAGGAGUUAAGACUUUCACUUCUACUCUACUGUGAUGAUUUUGAGGUAUGUAAUCCUUUAGGAACCUCGCGCAAGAAGCACAAGGUAACAGGUGUCUAUUGGGUUUUGGCUGAUAUUCCGUCUGUAUUAAGGUCAACAUUAUCAUCAAUAUACUUAGCUGUUUUGUGCAAGGCAGAUGAUGUUAAAAAAUAUGGCUAUCCUCGAGUGCUAGAGCCAUUACUAAGUGAUCUGAAAAGCUUUGGUCUUUUUGUGCCCUGUUUAGGGAAAAACAUAAAGGGAACUGUAUUUUCUGUGAUAGCUGAUAACCUUGGUGCCCACUCAGUCGGGGGGUUUGUUGAAAGUUUCAGUGGGUCACACUAUUGCAGAUUUUGUGUCGGAGAGCGGUCCCAGAUUCAGGAACUUGAAGUUAGGACAGGAGCAUUCCCUUGUAGAUCAAAACUGCAACACCAGUUGGAUGUUGAAGCAGCAUUGGCUAGUAACACUCAUAGCCACGGAGUUAAAAGGCAUUGCGCAAUUACUCAAAGAUUGAAUCAUUUUCAUGUGACAACAGGUUACCCACCUGAUGUACUGCAUGAUUUACUUGAGGGUAUUGUACCUGUAGAAUUGGCAUUGUGUUUAGAUAUCUUGAUAAAGAAAAAGUAUUUCUCACAUGAAGAGCUCAAUAGAAUCAUCAAACAGUUCUCAUAUAAGUGGAAAGACAGGACAAAUUGACCGCAAGGUAUACCACUAGCCUUUGCCUCCCGUAAAACCAUUGGUGGUAAUGCACACGAGAAUUGGUGCUUACUGAGGCUGCUUCCACUUAUGAUUGGUCCCAAAGUACAGGAAGAGGAACAGGCAUGGCAGUUGUUAAUGACACUAAAAUAAGUUGUUGAGUUGGUUAUGUCACCUACCCACACAGAUGAAAGCAUUGGUCACCUGGAUAGCCUGAUUGCUGAACAUAGACAUAGAUUUAGCAGUGUUUUUCCACAAAGAAAAUUGAUUCCAAAACACCAUUUUGUAGAGCAUUACCCGCAGCUCAUUAAAGAAUUUGGCCCACUAGUGUCCUUAUGGACGAUGAGGUUUGAGGCUAAACACAGCUUCUUCAAGAAGAUCGUGAGACAGACCAACUGCUUCCGUAACAUUUUGAAGUCUAUGGCAAGAAAACACCAGUCCAUGAUUGCAUACCAUCUCCAUGGUUCAAAUGUCAAGAAACCUGCUCUCUCGGUAUCAAAGAUGUCAACAGUUCCAUUUGAGGUUGUAAAUGAAAACAUACAAGACUUUCUAUCACAGAAAUGUCCAGAAGAGAGAGCUGUUCAUUUGACAAACAAGGUAGAAUAUCAGGGCACCAGUUAUGGUAUUGGCAUGAUGUUGGUAUAUGGCUCCACUGGUGGGUUGCCCGACUUUGCUGAAAUACUACAAAUCAUCAUUGUUCGCGACAACUUAGUGUUUGUAGUGAAGUUGCAAUGUGCAUGGUACUGUGAGCAUUUGAGAUGUUUCAAGUUAGAGUCCACAAGCACAGUCAAAGUAAUUGAGCAGUCACAACUCACUGACAUAUACCCACUGGCUACCUAUGCAGUGGAAGGCAAUCGAAUGCUUUCUCUGAAACACCACAUCUGCUUGCGAAACUAGUUUUGCUUGGCCACGGCUGUGAUGAUGUCUACCUCAGCUCAACUACGUGUUAUCAUUGAAGAGACUCAAGUUCACAAGUUAACCCUACCGGAUGGAAUCCCUAGCACUGUAGACAAUGUUUUGGCAGCUGCACAGGAUCAUUUUCAACUCCAAGGGAGUUUUACUAUUAUGCACAUGGACAAAGAUUUUGAUGACCAAUUCUUCACUUUAAUGUCAACGGAUGUGAUUAAGGACAAGGACACUAUCAAACUAGUGAAAACGGAUCCUAUUAUCCUCACAUUCAGUCCGAUCCAGGCUCCUGCUUCCUUGCCUGUGCCAAGCGAUCUGUCUUUACCAGAUGACAUUUCCUUGGCUAGUUCAUCUGACACCAUCCUUUUAACACAGUCCGCACAGUAUCGAUCAGAACCAUGGCCAACUAGUUUUGUGAUACCCACCUUUUCAUAUAAUGUCGAAAAUGCCCCUUCAAGCAGGCAAGAUGGCUUAUGAAAGUGAUGGCUCACUUCUUCGGAAUCCAAGCAUGAACUCUGUCAUCCUUGAGAAACUUGCUGAAGCAAUAUUCCACUACACUGCCUAUCCAACUGGUCUUCAAAUACUGGCAGUCGCAGAAGCUCUGUUAAAAAAAGCAUCCAUGCCUAAGGGAGCCUGGAACCUCAUUUGCAGGCAUGUACGGAUGGCAACAGCGUCUUAAAUACAAGAUGGCCAAUUACCGUUCUAAAAUGAGAAGAUGUGAUGUACCUUGUCCUGAGCUUGACAUCAACUCCUUGAAAAGGAAAUUACCCGGUGACAAAAAUCCUGCAAAAAAUGUCAAAAGACCAAAGAGAGCCGAGGUGAACUACCUUCCUCCACAUCCAAGUGGGGAAACUAGCGACAGUCUGGAGAUGGAUAGGGAGGAGCUUCUCAACGAGGUGAAGAAGAAAAACAACCACAAGGUGAUUCAAGAAAAAAUGACCAAAACGUUCUCUUAUCGAAGGCUCGAGGUUGUGACUGGUAGUCCUGCUGCUGGUGACUUCAAAGAGAGAUGGCCUGCUUUGUUUUGUGAAGCUGAGAUAAAGGCGGAAUUCGGGCGAAUAACUACAAUUUCGCUGGAGCAGAGCUUCAUGUACAAACUCGACCACUACACACCAAAACUUAUUGCCCUGAUGAAGGCCAAGGGAGGAGUCCUCGGGACCAAGCUGAGGCCGUUCCUGGAAAAACUGAGUCAGAACCAAAGCAUUGACAUGAGGCGUGACUCUGUCAUCCGCAGCCUCAUACUCUACCUUGGCGAAAAACAACAGGAUCUUUUUGAAGAUUGCCUGGAGGACAGCCGCAGUGAUGCAACUGAACACGUCUUGAAGAUCCUGGUUGUCUAUGGUGCCAAUGAAGAGGAUCCAGUUGAUGCAGCCCUCCUGCUUGAAGGCAGAGAGAUUAUGCCAGGAUGCGGCAGUACUGCCAAAGCAUGCACGCUCCUUAUGGGCCUGAUGUAUGCGUUAAACUUGGCAUACCCCCCAACACUGCGCUACACUUUUGAGGUGUUCCAGAAACUUUUUCUCGGACUGGAUGGGAUUAAGCUGACCCCAAAAGUGCAAGCUUUGAAUGUGAACCUGCUGUCUUAAAGACAUGGAAAAGCCGUCUAUUCAUAUCAAGUAUGUUCUUGCAUGAGGCCCUUUGUAUGUCGCUGCAAGUUGAAAUUUAUUUGACAAUUGACUUUAUUUCUGUCUGAUUUGAAACUUUGAGCUCGCAGACUUGGAGGAAGUUACACAUGUAAAGUAAUUGUCAAGCUUCUUCACAUGCAGACUUCUCAACUGAUAGAGUGAUUGUGUUAAGUGUGACGCAACAGUUUCUAAGGACCUAACUAAUUUUCAGUUAUUCCUCACCACCUGGGUUUUCUUGUUCUAAACACUUCAGCGUUUUCUCACCUGCCUCUGAGCUUUCAUGGUUCUGGCUCUAUUCAUAUCAAGUAUGUUCUUGCAUGAGGCCCUUUGUAUGUCGCUGCAAGUUUACAUUUAUUUGACAAUUUACUUUAUUUCUGUCUGAUUUGAAACUUUGAGCUCGCAGACUUGGAGGAAGUUACACAUGUAAAGUAAUUGUCAAGCUUCUUCACAUGCAGACUUCUCAACAGCGUUUUCUCACCUGCCUCUGAGCUUUCAUGGUUCUGGCUCUUGGGUUUUGUGAAAGCUGCUGCUUAGAGAUUGUUUGCAUGCAGUUAUUAUAAUGUUAAUGUUGUCGGUUAAUAGUGAUUGAAUUGUUGACAAAAUAAAGUGUAAUUGUAUUGUA